AUGACUAGGAGUAAGAGGAAAAAAAUUGAAAGUGAAGCCAACGAUGACACACAAACAAAAAGAUUAAGGAUUGAAAAAACAGGUAUAGACGAACAAGUGAUCGCUCAACGUAAGGAUAAAAUUGAUGCAUUAUGGACAGAGUUUAAUGAAAAUAUACACGAACAGAACACAUCAAUUACAAAGCUCUCAAAUUCGGACAAAAUGAUUACUAUAUCAGAAGUUCGUGAGUUUGCUGGAGAGUUAAUAACGGUGCAGAGACAAGUAUAUGAGGAUUCUGAAGAUGCUAAAGCUUUCCUUACUAGUCAGACGAAGAAUAACAACAUAACACAACCAAAUCACAUGCAAGAUGAUUCUUCAUCGUCAAAAAAAACAAACCUUUCAAUCAAUCGAAUUUCAUCACCAUCGGAUUCUUCAUCAUCUUCAUCUAUUAAAAAAAGCCAGUCACCUAUAGCAUCGGCAGUUUCAGAGCGUGGAAAAUUUGGAAAACCAAAAUCAACCCUUGGGCAACUUGCUGCGUCACUUAAUAAAAAACCAAAAAAGCUAAAUACUUUGGAGAAAUCAAAGAUAGAUUGGAAAAAAUAUGUAGACAAGGAAGGAAUCGCUGAUGAACUCAAGUAUCAUAAUAAGAAUGGAUUUAUAGAGAAACAGGAAUUUUUGCAGCGUACUUAUGAAGCACAAGAUUCUGAGAUAAAGACACUGCGAAGUGGUUCAAAGUGA